GCGUCACUAGUGCGCGCCGGGCGCGACGAAAGGGCCCGCCCCGGAGUGGAGCUGCGGGUGCGGGAAACGAAACUGAACUGUGGCGGAUGGAGGAGUAGGGAGAUUUCGGUGCGCCUUCUUCGCUCAAGCCUAGGCACAUUUCUGGCUGGUUUCAGGCCCUGCUUUUUCCUUCUUUCUGGUCCGGUCUGGGGCAGAGUCCCUCCCCCCGUUCCCUUGAAAAUGAAGCGAAGAGCAGAACCUGAAUACAGUAGUCCCCAGAAGAGGCAGAAGAAAAGGAUAGAAGAGCUGGGUCUGACCCUCAGCUCUACAUCGGAUGAUGAAACUCAACUUAGUAAUCAUGCAACUCAAGAGUCUUCUACCACAAGCAGCAGCGAGUCUGACAGUGAGAGCAAUGAGAGGCGACCUGUCAUUGGCUCCUUCAGCAAUAAGUUCAAUGCAGACUCUCUUGUGGAAGGCACGUCCUCCCGCUACUCCAUGUAUAACAGCGUGUCCCAGAAACUCAUGGCCAAGAUGGGCUUUCGAGAAGGUGAAGGUCUUGGAAAAUAUGGCCAGGGAAGGCAAGAGAUUGUUGAGACUUCCAAGCAGAAAGGAAGACGAGGUUUGGGUCUGACUCUGAAAGGAUUCGAUGGAGAGUUGAACAUCAACUGGCAGGAUGAGCCAGAGGCUAGUGCAUAUGAGCAAGUGGACUGGUUCCCAGAAUGUACCACUGAAAUUCCAGAUGCUGAGGAAAUGAAGGACUGGAUUAUCAUAGGGAAGAGGAAACUGAUUAUUGAAGAUGAAACGGAAUUCUGCGGAGAAAAGCUCCUAUACAAUAUGCUCCAGUGCAAGAAUGUGUUUGAUGAGCUAGAUGGAGAGGAAAUGCGUCGAGCUCGUACAAGGUCCAACCCCUAUGAGAUGAUCCGUGGAGUCUUCUUUCUAAACAGAGCUGCGAUGAAGAUGGCAAACAUAGACUAUGUUUUCGACUCCAUGUUUACAAACCCAAAGGAUUCUCGUGGGAAACCCUUAAUUAGAGAACGUGAUGCAGAGCUCUUGUACUUUGCUGAUGUAUGUGCUGGCCCUGGUGGCUUCUCAGAGUAUGUCCUCUGGAGAAAGAAAUGGCAUGCCAAGGGUUUUGGAAUGACAUUAAAAGGACCAAAUGAUUUCAAAUUGGAGGAUUUCUAUGCUGCCUCCAGUGAGCUCUUUGAGCCAUACUAUGGUGAGGGAGGAAUUGAAGGAGAUGGAGACAUCACCCGUCCUGAGAACAUCACUGCUUUCCAGAAUUUUGUGUUGGACAACACAGAUCGCAAGGGGGUACACUUCUUGAUGGCUGAUGGAGGUUUCUCUGUAGAGGGGCAGGAAAACCUUCAAGAGAUUCUAAGCAAACAGUUGACACUCUGCCAGUUCCUCACAGGACUCUCGGUUAUACGGACAGGAGGGCACUUUGUCUGCAAAACCUUUGACCUGUUCACACCAUUCAGCGUUGGCCUAGUAUACUUGUUAUACUGUUGUUUUGAACGUGUGUCAAUCUUCAAACCUUUGACAAGCCGCCCUGCUAAUUCUGAGAGGUAUGUGAUAUGCAGAGGAUUAAAGUCUGGCAUUGAUGAGGUGAGAGACUAUCUUUUCAUGGUGAACAUCAAACUCAACCAGCUGCACAACUCAGACCAGGAUGUUAACCUUGUUGUGCCACUGGAAGUGAUCAAGGGUGACCAUGACUUCAGUGAUUACAUGAUCCGGUCAAAUGAAAGACAUUGUGCUGUUCAGAUCAAAGCACUAGCCAAAAUCCAUGACUUCGUUCAAGACACGACCCUGAGUGAACCACGACAGGCUGAUAUCCGAAAGGAAUGUCUCCGACUCUGGGGCAUUCCAGACCAGGCCCGAAUUGCUCCAUCCUCUUCUGAUCCCAGGUCCAAGUUCUUUGAACUAAUUCAGGGUGCUGACCCAGAGAUCUUCAGCUACAAGCCAACCCCUCUCAACUCAAAAACCUUGGAGAAGAUCCGGCCAGUAUUGGAUUACAGGUGCAUGGUAUCGGGAAGUGAGCAAAAGUUCCUUUUAGGGCUUGGGAAGUCUCAGAUAUACACUUGGGCUGGUCGCCCAUCAGAUCGUUGGACAAAACUCGACUUGAAAACGGAAUUGCCACGGGACACCCUUCUGUCUGUAGAGAUUGUUCAUGAGCUGAAAGGAGAGGGGAAGGCCCAGCGAAAAAUUAGUGCUAUCCACAUCCUGGAUGCCCUGGUACUGAAUGGCACUGAUGUCCGAGAGCAACAUUUCAAUCAGCGAAUUCAGCUAGCAGAGAAAUUUGUAAAAGCUGUCUCUAAACCUAGCCGGCCAGAUAUGAACCCCAUCAGAGUGAAAGAGGUGUACAGGCUGGAGGACAUGGAAAAGAUUUUUCUAAGAUUAGAGAUGAAGAUCAUCAAGAGCUCAGGCGGAAUACCACGACUGUCCUACACUGGCCGUGAUGACAGACACUUUGUCCCCAUGGGAUUGUUCAUUGUUCGGACUGUCAGUGAUCCUUGGACCAUGGCAUUCAGCAAAAAUUCCAACAGAAAGUUUUUCUACAACAAGUUAACACAAAAAUCAACAUAUGAACUGCCUCCUGAAGCUGUGGCACCAUUUCACAAUUGUUACUUCACUCGGCUCUUCUGGGAAUGGGGGGAUGGCGUCAAAGUGCACGAUUCUCAGAAAAGGGAAGAUCUGGAGAAGUUAUCCAAAGAGGCGGUCUUAUCUUUCAUCAGACUCCAUUCACCUUAUGAGCAGUCCCUCAUCAAGUCUUGGGGAGCAGGGACUGAGCCAGGUUUGGAAUCUUCAGCUGCUGAUUAGAAUGGAUUUCUUCCAACCAGGUGCAGUAAGCCAUGGAGGAAAACUGCUUUCCAGGGCAGUGCUGGGGACUUAGUGCAAAACACAUGGGACAAGGCUUCUGACUGCAAAACAGCACUGUACAUACGUAUCUGCUCCUGGAAGCAUAUGCUGCAAGUACCACAGAAAGAAGGCUUCUGGAGCAGAGGGCACUCUUCUGGAUUGAUCCCCACCAUACCUUCCUAGGUUUUCCCUGCACCCAUGCUUUAAACACAGCCUGGCUUUUGGCCUCCAUGUAGCAAGUAGCACAACCACCAAGAAGAUGCACACCACUCCCCAGCAGCACCUGCAGGAGCGGAGGACUACAUGGCAACAACGUUGCUCAAAUGGAGGGAAACCUGGCCAGAGGAGAGAGUACAUAGCUUCACUUUGUCCUUUGGUGCCACUCUGCGUGAUGAGCCUGGUGUGAUGUGUUGGAAAGUUCUGGCUCUUCAAUACCUAUCUCCUUGGCUGUGGCUCCAGCCUAGGGAGUCCUGGGUGCUGGUGACAUGGCUGGAAGCAGCCAGACAAGUUGGAGGUCUUGGUUAUAAUAGUUUGAAUGCCCUUUCCACCAAUGGUGACUCAUGACUGUUUAAAAUCUGUAUUUCAUGCUUCUAUGCAAUCUGUGCUCCCUGUGCCCACUUGCCCUUUGGACAUGCAAAACUGUCAUCCCACAGAGUUUCUUCCUUGAAAUGCACAGGCUCGGACUAGAUCUAGAAAGACUUUCUUGCCAUUUCUCUGUGUUUGAGGCAUAUCCUGUGGUUUUUCCCUUGUGUAGAGCGUUAAGGAGAUAGGGAGUUUAGGGAAUUGGUGGCCUUAGGUUUAAGAAGGUUGUGGAUUGGUCAAAAGAUAGGGGAGAAAUCUUGACUUAAUCCUUCCAGUAUAAUCCAGCUAGCCCUCUUGUACUUUUUCUUGGCCUUUUAACUCUUAAAAACCUCUACAUGUUGGAAUUUAAAAAAAACUCCUAUUUGGCAUGAAUUAAUAGAAAUGCAAUUGGAGAUCUCUCAUAUUUUCUUAGAUAACAAUCCACAAAAGAAUUAUUUUCUGUUUCAGCUCUGGGUUCUCAGGUGCUGGGAAGAAAGGGCCACCUGAAGGAGCAGGAGUGUUCUUAUUCCAUGUUGUGAUUUCACUUAGGAGCUAAGGAAAACCUUUGCUCUGUGUUUUCUCAUGGGAGCCAGCUGUUAAUAUGCAGCAAAAGACCAGAUCAAGUGGUGAAGCCAAGCCACUCUGAUGGUUUUACACAAACAAGUUGGCAAUAAAGGAAAGUGUUGACUAGGGGGCGUCACUUACCUAGGCUAUACCUUGAAAAAAUCUGUGAGUCCUCCUGUAAUUUAAAGGUACCAUUCACAACUUGGCUUCUCUUGCCUCAAAGCAGCCAGAACUGGAAUACAGCAAGUGUCAGAGAGUUCGAUUGUAGGGAAGUACAAGGUUCUAGGAAGGUACACUUCCACCCAAAUUGGGUAACGCAGAGCCCGUUUUACAUUUCACUGAACCCCUUAGUAAUGGUACUUAAAUCUUGGACCUGUUUGUUUGUUUGAAUCGUCCAGCAUUCUGAGCCUGGUGUUCUUCCUGUGAUUUGCAAGAUCAUUGUAUAUUCAGAUCCCAGUUUAGUCACAGCAGUUGCCGAGUUAGUUUAAUCAGCACUUAGCAUUGUUGACCCAUGGUUCUAGGUUCCUGUGCAGCAAAAUGGUAACAAGAGUUCUAAUUUGGAAUUUAAUGAUGUCCUCCAUGCAUAAAGUCUGUGGUCUCUGUGGAUCAGGCAUGAUGAGGGAAGGCCCACUUUGUACUGAAGCAUCAUCUUUAGGGUCCACUCUGCAUUCCCCAAAGUAAGGUAUUGCUUUUAGGGUGUUUGUGAGAGAGAGCGGUCAGGAAUGGGGCAGACUUCAAAUCAGAAUUGCCUUCUCAUACAGGAUGGUUCUUUGUCUCAAAGCCUGGGCAGGUCAAAGCUUGAUCACAAAUAAUUAGAGGAUGGCUUGUCUCAAAUGAGAAACGACAAAGGGGAAUAAAUAACCUCUGGCACCAAUUUACACAUCAUAGAGUUGGUUUUAAAAAGCAUUUGUUUUAAGGAGUAGCGUGUAUUUAAACUGUCUUCUCCCUUGAGCAUAAUAUGAGAUGAUAGAUGACUAACCAUUUUGCUUUGGGGCCUGUAAUUGACAGCGGACAUUCUGGAGCUUUCAAGGACAUGUUUCUAGCUCAGGACCUCUUUCCAUAUUGGCAUGGAGUAUUUCGGAAAGAAGAUGCUACAGUAAGGCCAGGCUUUCUUUGAUUUUAGAUGGAAUUAUUUGAGGGAGACUGGUAGGGGAAGGGUAUGUGUUGAGAACCCAUUCAUUCACUUACACUAUAACUAUUUCCCCCUUGCUGUAGGGCUGGGUACCACUGUUGGUAAAGUCUGUCACCAUCUUGGGGUAAAAAAUUCUUCCAUUCCAAAGAAUACUAGAGUCUCUGGCUUUUUAAGGCAUUUCAGAACCUAACCACAGAAGCGACUCCAAUGAACAUGAGAAUGUAAUCCCAAUAUUGGAGAGAUCAGGUCUGGCCCUGUGGAUAAUGCAGGCUGUCCUCUCCUGCUAACCCAUUGAGGGGCGGGGGGAGGCCAACAAUGUGUUGCGGAAAGGAAUGUUUACACAAUGUAUUCUAUGAAGCUGUGUAUCAUUUUGUUUUAUUCCUUGUUCCUUUUUUCUGUCCAUUGCCAAUACAAUCCUUAGAACUCAGAAA